AUGCGUGAAAGAGAAUCGUGGAGAGGAACACUGAGUGAAGAAUUCCAGACCGGCACAGAUCCUCCGUUUGACCCUUUUACGAACACUUGUCUUCCCCGGCGGAACAUUGUGUUCUUGAAGACCCACAAGUGCGCCAGUUCCAGCGUCCAGAAUAUUUUCACCCGUUACGGUUACAGAAAAGGUCUCACAUUCGUUUUGCCUCACAAAGGAAGCUACAUUGGCCAUCCCGAGCCUUUUAAUUGGUCAAUGGUACCGGAUGCCAGAAGAUUCGGCCUCAGGUACAACAUCCUAACUCAUCACUGCCGGUUGAGUUACGACGAGAUGAGACGGAACUUUCCGGACGACGUUAGGUUCGUGACCAUCGUUCGUCACCCAGUUGAGUUGUAUGAAUCGUUAUUCUCUUUCUACAGUAUGCACCGGUUCUACAAGGAGAGGUUCGACACGUUAGGAAAACAUCAAAAGCCUGCCAGCUUUUACGAGAAACGCAUGGCUGGGAAAAUUGGAUUCAACCAAAUGCUGUUCGACUUGGGUUUUGACGAAAAAUUAUUCGGCAACUCGUCAGCCGUUCAUGAGUACGUGACCUUCCUGGAUUCUGUGUUCGAUCUGGUGAUGGUCCAGGAGAGAAUGGACGAAUCGUUAAUCCUUUUGCGGGAUAUUCUGUGCUGGACCACGGAUGAUGUCAUUGUCUUUCAUUUAAAUGCCAGGAAUAAAAGAUACAAGAAAAAAAUGAGCCAAGACCUGCUCCAAAGACUCGAAGAAUUCAACAGUGCAGACAUGAUCCUUUACAAAUACUUCGUGCGUAGAUUAUCCCAGCGGAUAAGAGACUAUGGUCACGACAAAAUGUCAGAGGCUGUGGAUGACCUGAGGAACCGGACGCGGAUGUGGUACAACAUCUGCGUCCAGAAACAGGAAUUUCAGUCACGGGUCAUCAACACGAGAAGGUACUACACGAACCGCAUGGUCAUGGCUUACGUGAAGAAAAGUCAAGUCAAUGAAACGUGUGACGACCUAACGACAGCAGAGCCAGUUUUCACCGAGAAAUUGGUCUACAGGCAGAGGUUUAUGUUCCCAAAGCCAAAACCGUACCGAUCGAGGUACAAGUACAGGAUGCACAAGUGGCAGUAGUAAUUGUGCAUUGUGAUAGAGAGCCGGAUGAAGAACUUGUUAGAAUAUUACUGACGUGGGAAAGUACAGCGAAAUAUCUGAAAAUGUUUUAAUUUUUCCCUAUUUUUAUUCUUUGCAUUUUUGUCAUCUAAUGUAAUUUGGCUUUAUUGUGAAAGCUUGCUUGCUUGGUUUCCGCUGAAAAUUAAGCUCGAAAAAAUCGUCAAAUUCAAACAUUUCCCUCCAAAACGAGUUCCUAUAAAUAUCUCAAAACCUCUUUUCUGGAGACACUGUGAUUUACCUUCCCACGACAGAUUAUACCUAU